AGCCAACUCCAACACUCUCAACUCCCCAUUUCCUCUCAUUUCUCCUGAGCAGUUUGAGUAGUUGAGAGAAAAAGCACAACAGAAGUGCUUGUAGAAAAAUCAGGGAAAAAGAUGAUUAAGCUAAGGUCAAACAGGUUUUGCAGAAGCUUUAGCAGUUGCAAGCUCAUCAGCAGCAGCAAUUGUAAAAGCAAGAGUAAAGCUGCUGAUCAAAAGGAGUUUGGAGGAGGCAAUACUAUUAGCAAUGGUGAAAUCAAAUGGGAGCGUCGACCGGGAGGCAUGCUUGUUCAGACAAGGGAGACGGCGGCCGAAAGCAGUGCCGGAGAAGGCAUGAUCACGGUUCGAGUGUCAACUGUGUCUCAUUUCCAUGAUAUCUCCAUUGAAGCCACUUCCACAUUUGGCGAAUUAAAGAUGAUAUUGUCACUGGUGAAUGGUAUGGAGGCAAGAGAGCAAAGACUUCUUUACAAGGAAAACAAAGAGAGGAUGGGGAAUAUUUACACAUGGUUGGAGUUAGGGACAAGGAGAAAGUGCUUCUACUCCAAGAUCCAGCUAUCAAGGAAAUGAAGCUUCUUCAUGGAACUGGAACUCCUACGACUUGUCGUUCGAUUCGUGUUUGAGAAAUUGAGAAUCAUGAGAUUAUCUUUAAUUAAUCUCUGUUCAUUACUAACCAAAAAAGUUUACUAUGCUUUCCUCUCAUGGAGAAAAAUGACAAAGAGGGCAGCUGCACACUUAAUUAAUGGGACCAAAAUGUAAUGUUUUUGUAAGAAGUAUCUUAUGAUUGACGUAAUCGAUGAUCCUUCUGAAGUUUUUCUCCAUAUGAUGACUUGGCUAGCUAGAUUAUCUAGGGACUUUAAUUUCAUUUAUCAUUUUGUGUCGGUUGGGGCUUUCUGCAACUAAAAAUUGUAAGUUGUUGAAUGCUGAUGCAUGUCUUUGUAAGCUUUGUAGUGACUGAGGGCAUAAACUCAGCUAUGUUAUAAAAAAAAAAAAAAAAAGAUAUGUUGAUUC